AUGCGCUGUCUAGUGUUAAUGUUGCUGAUAUUAGCAAAAACUCGAGGACAGAACUCCACGCCCUCAGCUAUACCAUCCACUUCGGGGCCUUCUUCCAUUACCACUGAACUUCCUAUAGUGACAACUGAAUUUUCAUCUACAGAGACUUCAUCAUUUUCGAUUGGGGUUAGCACUACAACGUCCCCGACUACGAUGAGCACUACAAUGUCCACGACUACAAUGAGUGCUACAACUUUUCCAACUACGGUGAGUACUACAUCUUCGACGACACCAUCUUCAAUAAACACAGUUCCGACUACCCCACUGCUUAACACACUACUGCAAGAUUUUCAGACCCAAGAGCAAUCCUUCCAAAAUUUGGGACAAAACAUAGGCCAAGACGUCAAAUCGCAAGAUCAACAAUUCAAGAACAUUGGUCAACAAAUAGCGCAAGAGGUCCAAUCUGAGGAUCAAGCGUACCUCAAUGUCGGAGAGCAGGUAGCACAGCAAGUGAAGGCGCAGGAACAGCAGAUCCAGAAUGUCGGCAGCCAAUUGGUCCAGGAUGCCAUGGCUGAGGAACAAACACUACAGCAUGUCAACCAAGAGGUGUCCCAAGAAGUCCAGUCUCAGGAGCAGGCUUACCAAAACUAUCAAAAUGCCAAAAACCAGGCUGAACAAAAACUGCAACAGAAGGCCCCAUUGAUACCGAGUAGCCAGUUCCCUAGUAGCUACCUACCACCUACGCUCUUCGGAGUACCCUCUACGGCUUUGGGGGGACUCAGCCUUUUAGGAUCCAGUCCACAGCUUCAAUCUCUUUGGCAAAUGGCUGCGUCUCGAGGAAUACCGGUGCUCAGUGGUCUAAGUCUAGGACUCUGA